AUGAAUGGUGAACCAAUGAAACCUGAUAUAGGUGCUGAAAUGAUAUUGUCGGAUCGUGAUACACGUUUACUUAUAUCAAAUGCUGAUCCUUUGAUACAUUCAGGAACAUAUUCAUGUCGUUGUCGUCUUUUUGAGGGCACUGAAACUGCUGUUUAUUUUUGUGUUAAUAUACUAACAGCCAAACUAGAUCGCAAUGAUACAAAUGAUAAUGAAUCAGAUCAGCUGAAAAUAACAAAUUGUAUGCAGGCUGAUUUAUUUCAUCCAAUUACCAAAGAAUUAGAUUUACCAAUAGGUAAACUUUUAGAAAUUCAAGUUAAGAUUGAUGAAGAAACUCUAUUGAAACAAAUGAGGAAUAAUAAUAAGGAAAAUAUUCAAGUUAAUUGGUAUCAAAACUCAACACUAAUUGAACCUAGUUCAAGGUGUGAAAUGCUCAAAAUUAAUGACCAGUUUAUUUUACGAUCAACUACAAAUAAUUUACAACCUGAUAAGUUAUACAACUACACAUGUAUGUUGAGACUGCCUGAAAAUUCUUCUAUGUCUCCAGCACCAAGUAUCACCAUACCGGUAAGUUUUCAUUGUCCAACAGUUAAAGAAUUAGAAACUGAAUUCAAGAAUUGUAUCGACAAAAAUAAGGCAACAGUCGAAAAUAAUCGAAUCUUUGAAGUCAAAUUAGGAGAGGAUGAUGCAUUUCAAUUAAAUAUACCUAUUCAACAUUGUUCUCAGGACCAAGAUUUUGUCGUAUGGUGGACACAUGAAGAUGAACUUUUGACAGGUGAUCAUUUACCGUCAAAAGAAAAUAAUAUCGUUAGGUGUACAAAUGUUGCAGUAACAGUGAGACAAGAGGAAGCUACACUGAGUGAAAAGUCAAAUGACAAAGAGAAGGAAAAAGAAGGGAAGAAUUUACAGGGAGAUAAGAUAAGUAUGGUCGAUGGGGUUGAAACAAACCUUCUGAAUAAGGAAGACGAGGAAAUAAACCGGGAGGUCCCCUCAAUGAAAAAGGAAGAGGAAGAAAAGAAGAGGAACACAGAAAACACUUUCAAGCAAGAGGAGCAAGAUUUAAAGAAAGGGAAAAGCGAAGAGACGAAAAGAAAAGAAGAGGAGAUCGUUAGACUGAGACGAGACGAAGAAGAGGCUUCAAAGAAACAGGUGGAGGAGGAAGGAAAGAACAAGGAAGUAGAGGAAACUGCGAUGAAGCGAAAGCAGAAAAAAGAUGCUGAGAGCAAACGAAAAGAUGAAGUUGAAUUGAGACGAAAAGAGGAAGAGAUUGCGAAAAAGGAGGAAGAAGAGAUUGAAAGGAAACGAAAGGAGGAAGAAGAUGCUGAGAGUAAACGAAAAGAGGAAGUUGAAUUGAGACGAAAAGAGGAAGAGAUUGCGAAAAAGGAGGAAGAAGAGAUUGAAAGGAAACGAAAGGAGGAAGAAGAUGCUGAGAGUAAACGAAAAGAGGAAGUUGAAUUGAGACGAAAAGAGGAAGAGAUUGCGAAAAAGGAGGAAGAAGAGAUUGAAAGGAAACGAAAGGAGGAAGAAGAUGCUGAGAGUAAACGAAAAGAGGAAGUUGAAUUGAGACGAAAAGAGGAAGAGAUUGCGAAAAAGGAGGAAGAAGAGAUUGAAAGGAAACGAAAGGAGGAAGAAGAUGCUGAGAGUAAACGAAAAGAGGAAGUUGAAUUGAGACGAAAAGAGGAAGAGAUUGCGAAAAAGGAGGAAGAAGAGAUUGAAAGGAAACGAAAGGAGGAAGAAGAUGCUGAGAGUAAACGAAAAGAGGAAGUUGAAUUGAGACGAAAAGAGGAAGAGAUUGCGAAAAAGGAGGAAGAAGAGAUUGAAAGGAAACGAAAGGAGGAAGAAGAUGCUGAGAGUAAACGAAAAGAGGAAGUUGAAUUACGACGAAAAGAAAGGAAAGUUACCAAGAUGAAGAAAGAGGAGGCAGAGACUGAUAAGAAGCAAAAGGAUGGAGAGAUUGCCGGGUUAAAGAAAGAGAAGGAUGAAGUAGAAAAAAGACAACAUAAGGAGGAGGAAGAUGAGAGGUUAGCUAGCCAUAAGGCAGACAAAGAAGAAUCAAUAACAAAGACAAAGAAAGAUGAUAUGAAAGGUAAAGAAGGCAGCAUGAAUAAAACGGAUGGAGAACGAUAUAAAAAAGAGAGUAAAGAAGGGAAGGAUGAAAAGAAGAAGAAAUUAGUACCAACGAAGGACCAAACGGAUAACGGAAUGAAAACGAAGCCAGUCGGAGAUGUUGAAUUAAAGCCUGAAUCAGAAACAUCUCAGAAGAAGAAUAUCAGAGGCGUAACAGAACAAACAAAAGACACAGGACAAGAGGAAGAAAUCGAAACGGUCCUAGAAACCGAUUCUGAAAUGAAGAGGGUAGUUGGAGAAUUUAAUAGGGGAGAAAAAGAUAGUGAAGAAGAUAAAGUGGAUGUUAGAGUAGGUGACACAGCUGAGUCACUCAAUGACGAGAAGAGAGAAAAAGGGAAGAAUAAAGUGGAGAAAUCCGACGAAAUACAAUCUUUAGAUAAAGGUAAAAAGAUAAGGGGAAGUAGAUCGACUUGGAAGGAUGACAAUAAGGACAGUGAAAAGCUAGUUGGUCAAAUCGAAGUGCAAAAUGAAGUGGAUAAAACAAAGCAAACGCUGGAAAAAGAAGAUAAGUUAGAUGACCAAAAUCAGAAGGAAGUAAUCACUAGUGAAGCAGAAGAAUUCCUGGAACACCAUGAUGAAAAAGACAAGAAUAAGACUGAGACAGUGAAAGCAGUACACAAUCAAAUUACAAUAGAUUUCAACAAUUCAGAAAGCACAACAUCUCAAAAUAAACAAACUUUAAUUGAUCAGGUAACGAUCAGUGGAUUAGAACUUAAAUCAGUUAAAAAGGAUAAAAAGAAAGAGAAAGAUGGCGAGACUGGCCACGAGACUAAAAAGAAGAAGAAAAGUGACGGAAAGAUAGGAAUGGAUAAUACUGAAUCGAUUGUUAGUACAGAAUAUCCAACAGAAAAUCAUGUGAACAACAAACCAGAAUCAUUUGAGGAUUACCAACAAAUAAAUACAGAAUCAUUUCAGAAGCCACAACGUCGAGAAAGUAAGGCAAAGAAGCAUGGGAAAGAUACAAAGAAGAAUAGAUCAGUCGCUGAUAAUACUAGUACUACUACUACUACUACAGGAAAUGAUGAAGAUCUAGCUAAAGAUUACAUAAAAAACAAAGAGGAAAACGAACCGAAAACACAGAUGAACCUGGUUGGAGUAGAAAUUGGCAAAAACAAUCAGGAAGUACUUGAUACGAUGCCAACAACCGAUGUUUUACAGAAUGAAGCAGAAAAUAGAGAAAAACAAUGGAAAGAGGGAAAGAAAAAGAAACGAGAAAAAUCGAAAAAUGUUGAUAAGGAAAAUGAAGAUAAUUAUAUUAGCACUAGAAGGCAAUCAAUAGUCGACGAACAAGAUCCAAACAAAAUAGAACUGAUUGAGGACCAGAAACAAGUAGAAAAACGUAAGAAACAUCGAAAAUCAAUGACAGAAGUUGAUAAAAAUGACGUACAGUGUGAACCAUUAAAAGCUGAAGAAAAAUAUAUGGAAACCAACACUAUAGAUGAUGACCAAAGUGAAGAAAAGAAAAUCAAAGAAGAAUAUAAGGGUAUGGAAUUAAAAUCCGAUUUUAAAUUAAAUAACAGUGAAAAACAAGAUAUUCUUAAUGAACUAUAUAAAACAAAUGAAUAUGAUACUGUGAAACAUUGA